AUGGCUUUCGCAAAUCUACAGAAAGUACUCAUCCAUGAUAGCCUAAACCCUUGCUGCCGCCGGAAGUUCCUGCAAGAUGGAGGGCUUCAGGUGGUGGAGGAGCAGAACCUAAGCAAAGAGGAGCUGAUAGCCAAGCUGCAGGACUGCGAAGGCCUUAUCCUCUGCUCGGCCACCAAGGUGACUGCAGAUAUCAUCAACACAGGAGAGAAGCUCCAGGUGGUGGGCAGAGCUGGCACCAGCGUAGGCAACGUGGAUCUGAAGGUCGCCAUGAGGAAGGGCAUCCUGGUUAUGAACACUCCCAAUGGGAACGGGCUUAGUGCUGUGGAUCUCACCUGUGGAAUGAUCAUGAGUCUGACCAAGCAGAUUUCCUAG